AUGACCAAGAACAAAACUAUAAUCACCUGAUACUAAACAGUGCCACCCAGACACCUACACAUGACAAGCCACGAAUGAACAACAUCCUCACUUCUGCCACCGAACCCUAUGAUCUGUCCUUCUCCCGCUCCUUCCAGAACCUCUCCCACCUCCCACCAUCCUAUGAGUCUGCUGUCAAGACAAACCCAAGCAAAUAUUCUUCUCUGAAGAGGCUAACUGACAAGGAGGCCGACGAGUACUACAUGCGGCGGCGACACCUGCCCGACCUGGCGGCACGGGGCACGCUGCCCAUCAACGUCAUCAAGAUGUCCCAGCAGAGCAACCCCCGGGACCGGCCGCGCCGCCCCGUCCGGGCCAUGUCCCAGGACAGGGUGCUGUCCCCGGAGAGGAUGAUGCCCGAGGAGUUCAGCAUGUCCUACGAGCGGAUCCUGUCGGACGAGCAGCUGCUGUCGGCCGCGCUGCUGUCCCCGGAGCGCUCGGCCUACCCCGAGCAGUCCAUGUCCCGAGCGCUGUCACACACAGAUGUCUUUGUGUCCACCCCAGUCUUGGAUCGCUACAGGAUGUCCAAAAUGCACUCCCAUCCCAGUGCCUCAAAUAACUUGUACAAUACCUUAGGUAUGAACCCAACGUCAGCCAAGCGCCAGGCGUUCGCCUCCCGACGGCACAACACGGUGGAACAGCUGCAUUACAUCCCAGGCCACCACCACCACUACCGCACAGCGAGCAAAACCGAGGUGACUGUCUGA